UUUGGGCACUAGCGUUAAUUGAGGAACCUGCAGCAUUUAAUUGCAGUAACCUUGUGCUAUUCUUUGGGAUAAUAGUGUAAUAUUAGAAUUACAGUGUGUUUGUGUUAUUCUUUGGGAUAACAGUGUAACGUUAGAACUUCAGUGUGUUUGUGUUAUUAGUUUAGAUCUUGUGAAUGUUGACAGAAUCGACUAACAAGGAGUGCGUAAACGCAACGUAAGCUCGCUAGUGCGCAUGCGCGACGAGCCUAGCUAUUAACACUUCUGAGAAAUUUUCUCUUAUAAAGCACCAUGAGUUCAAGAGUCCAUUCUCAGUCCCCUUUAGAAAAUAAACGCUUAAAUCUCAUACCUAUUGGACGACAGCUCCAGAGAACUCCUCCGAAUAAGAGCCAGGACUUCCAAACUACGCGUCUAUCAGAAGAACCAGCAAACGAGGAGAAAGAAGACUCUCAGAAUGUAGUGCAGGACGACACAACGUACCCCUCUGUGGAAGAGGAGAGUAAGUCAUCUCGCAGGUCCAGCAUCACGCCAGCCUCUGCGAAGAUGGGGAACGCCGACCCUGAUGCUUUUAUUCAGGGCAUGCAGGGCUACCAAUGGACUGAAGCAGACCUGGAGUUUGUCUAUCAGGCCAAGCAGCAGAAACGAGCUCAACAGCUGAAGCAAGAGUUAAGUGAAGUUGAGAAAACUCUGCAGACCGAGACUCAGAGGUUGGAGCUGGCCACCACCUCUCGAGACCAACUGCAGUCUGAACUGUCUAAGACUCUAUCCUGCGACUCGCUGCUGCAGCUGUGCAAAAGCAUCCUGUCCCGUUCUAGAACUACUGAUCAGCUGGAUGGUUUGGGAAACAAAGCUUUGCUCUCGCUGCUGAAGCUACAGGACGUUAAACAAGCUGUGCAUGAAGAAAAGUCCCAGAUCAGCCGUCUCUCUCGAGAAGCUCAGGAGCUCAGAGAAAAGGAGGAGAAAGCCUUGAAGCAAAGAAACACCAGCCAAAAGAAAAUCAGCAUACUUCAGGCAAACAUAGAUGCUCUGAAGGUGGAACUUGUAGAGUUGAAGACUCAGCUGUUGGAGAAAGAGGCGACCUCAAAGGCAGCUCGACUGUGUAAAGCCCAGGCAAUUUCAGACACUCCUAAACCACAAGAGAAAAAAGAUACGGAGAUGAACACAAGUCAGGUGCCAGUAAAAGGCUACAAGGUAUCCAGAAAGGCUAAACCCUCAACCAAGGAAGUCUUGAAGGAGACAGCUGAGAAGAAAAUGACUGCGGUGGAGACGGAUGACAAGGACACAGCCGAGGAAGGCAAGACCGCUCCAAAGAAAAAGGCUCCAAAAAAGACGACUUCGAAGAAAACAGCCAAGAAAAAUUCCCAAGAGGAAAUGGCCCCAAAUGAGAUGCCAGAACAAGUAAAGCCAGCAGUAGAGACAGACCCAGAGAAGAAGCUCCCAAAGCCAAAGUUUUCAAAUGUGGGUGAAUUGCACGAGAAAGGGCGAAAGAGUUCCAGAAUUGCUAAAACCUCAACCAUGGCUUCGAAGGACACCGUCCAAAAUACUGCUCUGAAAGAUUCAAAAAAGAAUGAGAAGGAGGCGACUGACAAGGAAAUGGCUGAGAAACGGGAGACAGCCCCAAAGAAAAAGGCCCUAAAAAACACAACUUUAAAAAUGAUCACCAAGAAGGAUUUGGCUCCAGAGGAGACCGCCCCAGAGGAGUCGUUUUCAGAGGUCCUGCCCCCAAAGGUAAAGGCAAAACCAUCAACCAAAACCAUCAAGGUCUUAAAGAAGACAGCUCUGAAAGAGAUGGGUGAGAAGCAAACAGCUCAGGUUGAGACAGAUGAGAAAGGUAAAACAGCCCGAAAGGUAAAGGCCCCAAAAAAGGCGGCUUCAAAGAAUACUGCUGAGAAGAAAAUGACCCCACAUGAGAUGCCCUCACAAGUAAAGACCCUGAAUGAAAAUGUCUUAAAGGAGAUGGCCUCAAAGGUUAAAGCCCAAAAGAUGAAGACUUCAAAGAAAUCUGAUGAGGUGGAGAUGGCCCUGAAGGAGACAGCCUCGAAGGUUAAGGCCCCAGAGGAAACGUCACCGGAGGGGACUGCCCCAAAAGUAAAGGCAUCAAAGCUAAAAGCCCCAAAGAAGACAAUUUCAAAGACAGUUGCUGACAUGAAGAUGCCUGCAGAAUUGACCGUUGAGGGGACAAUUGUUACUAAGAAGAUAACCUCGAAAGUAAGGGACCUGAAGAAGACAACCUCAAAACAGAAAGACCUGAAGGAGAUGGCCAUGCAGGAGAUGGCUGAGGAUGAGAAUGCCCUGAAGGAGACUGUUUUGAAGAAGGGCCUGAAAGAGGCAUCUAAAAAGGAGACAUCUGUGAAAAACAAGGUUAAAAAGGAAACCGAUCCAGAGGAGACUGCUUCAGAAAAGGUGGCCCUUAAGGAAGAGGAUGAGAAGAUGACUUCAACGAAAACAACCCGAAAGAAAACAGUCUCAAAAAUAAAGGCCUCAAUGGAAAUACCUGAGAAAGAAAGAGUGAUGAAAGAGACAGUUUCGAGGAAAAGGGUCUCAAAAGAAAAAUUGCCCAAGCAGAAUGCUGGGAAGAGCCCAAGUGAAGAUAAGAAUUCCUCAAAUGCAUCACAGGCACCAGGAAGAACCCGAAAGACUGCCAAGCCUCCAGAAUCUCCAGCAGAGAAUGAUAUUAAAACAAUACGUCGCUCGAAAAGGAGCACCGUAAAGAAUCCGACUCCGAGCAACACGAUCCCCGAGAAAACAACCCGCUCUAGGCGGAGAUGAUCUUCCAAGGAUAGAAUUAUGUGUUCCUGCAAACACUGUAAAGACUGCCAGGACAUUCCAAGGUCAAAGAGAGAAGUGUGUGUGUUUAGUUAUUCUGUGUUUUUGUAAUCUAACACACUGACUAUUUUGGCCAUCCUGAAAGUGGUGUAUAAAGUUGUACAAAGUAAGCAAUAAUAAUAAAUGAAUAUACUUCAACAUGUUUGAACAUAUAUAUGAAAAGAUGGUCUGAAUUCAUGCAAUGCUUUGUGUAACGUCUUGCCCUGACAGAAUCCAGCGUGUAGUCUGGUUUAUAAUAAAGCUGUGUUUUAUAAUA